AUGGCAAUUCUUAGCUACAUCUCAGCAACAUCUACCACACCGCCGAUUCCUCAGGAUCAAUCUCCUUCUUCUUUACCCAGACCACCUACCAAAAUCAUCCUACCCAAUAAGAAACCGGAGAAAUGGUCCACCGGCGUUGCUCCCGGAGAGUACGGUGGUCCUCCGACUACCACCAAGCUCCGAAAGUACUGGGGAGGUGAAAAAGAAGAUCCAAUUACCUCCAAAGACUUAAUCUGGAACAGAGAAUUCGUGGAUCAAAUGAAGAAAUUGUUCGAUUCUCCUGAUGAUUCUUCUUUUCUCGACCCAUCUCCCUCUAAGGAAGAGUCAUCUGGGUUUCUAAGCUUUAGUAGAGUCAUGAGCCUUGACAGUAUGGAUGUUGAUUUGAGCAAAGAGCUUGUAUCGUCUUCCAAGCGCGUAAAAAAGGAUCUUGAUACCUCCAAAUCUGAAGCUAAGAAACAGAUGAGUAAAGCCACUUUGGUGUCUCCUAAAUGGAAGCUUGCACCAACACGUCGCGAGCAAGAUAAAUGGGAUAGAGCUACUAAGGCUGCAACUGGUGGCAGCGAAGUGAUGCUUAGGGAAGUGAGGCGGCCACGUGGUGACCCAGAAGUAUUGGCUGCUGAAUCCAGAGAACAAUAUUUCAAGCUGAAAAACAGGCUACAGCUUCUUACAGUCGGUAUCGGUGGUGUAGGUUUAGUAUCAGCUUAUAUCUCUUACACACCGGAGAUAACACUUAGUUUCGGUGCUGGCUUUCUCGGUUCACUUGCAUAUAUGAGGAUGCUUGGUAACUCUGUAGAUGCCAUGGCAGAUGGAGCCAGAGGAGUUAUGAAAGGUGCAGCUAACCAGCCACGGUUACUAGUCCCUGUUGUGUUGGUCAUGAUAUUCAAUAGAUGGAACGCAAUACUUGUUCCUGAGUAUGGAUUCAUGCAUUUGGAGUUGAUACCAAUGUUGGUUGGGUUCUUUACUUACAAAAUUGCGACAUUCUUUCAAGCUAUAGAAGAAGCCAUCUCCAUUACUAGUCAAAAGACAGAGGACUAA